CGGCUCUGCGCGGCGCCGCUGCCUCCCUGCGCUUCCCUGCGCUCCCCUCCGCGCUGCGGGGCCGGGCUGGCUGCGCGCAGCUCCGCGGUUCCCACCACCUUCCCACCGGACCCUGCCAUGGGCCCUCCCCAUCUCAGCCUCAGCAUGCUGGUAUAGCAGCAGGAGGCUGCCAUCCAGAGGAGCUGUGCUGGGACAUCCCUUCCCCCUGGGCCAUCCUCCCCGUCCCCUGCCUGGGCAGGAGCCAUGGAUGCCCACGUGGACCUGCUGACCGAGCUGCAGCUGCUGGACAAGGUGCCCACGCUGGAGAGGCUGAGGGCAGCCCAGAAACGCAGGGCCCAGCAGCUGAAAAAAUGGGCUCAGUACGAGAAGGAGAUGCAGCACAAGAAGAGGAAGCAUGAGAAGAAGAGAAAUGCUGUGAACAGAAAGAAAGUGUCUUUUGAGGCCAGCGUUGCUCUGCUGGAGGCUUCCCUGAGGAAUGACGUGGAGGAAGUGUGUUACCUGCUGAAGAGCAACAUCAGCCCCGACCUGUGCAAUGAGGAUGGAUUAACUGCGCUGCAUCAGUGCUGCAUAGACAACUAUGAGGACAUAGUGAAGCUCCUCCUCAGCCACGGGGCCAAUGUCAACGCCAAGGACAACGAGCUGUGGACUCCACUGCAUGCAGCAGCCACCUGUGGCCACAUCAACCUGGUGAAGAUCCUCAUCCAGCAUGGAGCAGACCUGUUGGCAGUCAAUGCAGAUGGCAACAUGCCAUAUGACCUCUGUGAAGAUGAGCCAACCCUGGAUGUCAUUGAGACUUGCAUGGCCUAUCAAGGGAUUACCCAGGAAAGGAUCAAUGAGAUGCGAGCUGCUCCAGAGCAGGUCAUGAUCUGUGACAUUCAUGACAUUCUUGCCACGGGCCAAGACCUGAACAGGACUGAUGCCCAAGGUGCUACGCUGCUGCAUAUAGCUGCAGCCAAUGGUUAUCUGCAUGCAGCUGAAGUGCUUCUUGACCAGGGGGCAAGCCUGGAUGUGAAGGACUGGGAUGGCUGGGAGCCUCUGCAUGCUGCUGCUUUCUGGGGACAGAUGCAGAUGGCUGAAUUGCUCGUGUCCCAUGGGGCUAGUUUGAGUGCCAGGACAUCUUUGGAUGAGAUGCCAAUAGAUCUGUGCGAAGAGGAGGAAUUCAAAGUUCUGCUUCUGGAGCUGAAGCACAAGCAUGAUGUGAUCAUGAAGUCCCAGAUGAGGCACAAAUCCUCCCUGAGCCGCAGGACCUCCAGCACGGGCAGCCGGGGGAAGGUGGUGAGGAGGGCCAGCCUCUCGGACAGGACAAACCUUUACAGGAAGGAGUGUGAGAAGGAGGCCAUGGUGUGGCAGCAGCUGGGGGCAGCAGAAGAAGGAAGAAACUCGGCUCUCAUUGGAGAAAUUGGGGAGACUCGGUCUGACCAGGAGAAUACAGACCCUAACUCAGUGCUGGAGAACUCCUCCCUCCUCCCGGAGCUGGCGAACAAAAGCACCCAGUGUGACACUGAGAUCCCUCUGCAGAAUGGACUGAUGGCAUCUGCCAGCCCUUACCAGUACACCUUUUCCAACGGGGACAUUUGGAGCAUGCACCCUGAGCCCGAUAGCAACCCUGGGCACGUUCUGCCCUACAGCAGCCCCGGGCUGCCCGAGGCACCGCAGCUCUGGGGCACCUACAAGGAGCACAACCACCAAACGCUGUCGGAGCUGAAGAGGCAGCGAGCUGCAGCCAAGCUGCUCCAGCACCCCUUCCUCAGCACCCACUUCAGCACUGGCAUGGCAGGAGUUGCUGAGAACGAGGCCAAGUCGCACUUAAUGGAGUCCAGGACUUCUCCCUACAGCUCCAAUGGGACCUCGGUGUAUUACACAGUGUCCAGUGGGGAUCCGCCCCUCCUGAAAUUCAAAGCUCCCAUGGAGGAAAUGGAAGAGAAGGUGCAUGGGUGCUGCAGGAUUUCCUAGUCUGGUCUGUGUCUCACCCCAGAGGACAGGAGAUGUGGGUUGGAUCUAUCACAGUUUGCAUUUCAAAGGGAGAAUUUGGUUUUGGACAUCCUGACUGUGGCAGCCUUGUUCAUCUCAAAUUGUACUUUGCCCUGCCAAUUACUUCCAUUGCAGCUGGAUGAAUAAUGCAGGUGGAGCAAGGCUCUUUAGGAGGGAUGCACAUCAAUCUGAUGUCUCCU